AUUCUGAUAGCUGCUCCGGAUUCACGCGACAGCCAACAAGUCCUAAUUUUCUUACUGCUCCACUUUAACGUUCUCUGACAAAAUGGGAGGCGCUGGUACGUCCUCAUCAUUGACUGAAGUCUCCUAGCUGAUGCUUGCUGCAGGCUGGUUGUUCUUGUUCUCUGUGCUAAUGGCAGCUGGUCUACUCUUCACAAUGGUUUUCUUCAUCAUUAUGUUCUCAGACCUUGAAUGCGAUUAUAUCAACCCCAUAGAUCUCUGCAACAAACUCAACCAAUUCGUCCUACCAGAAAACAUCGCACACGCAUUCCUAACAAUCCUCUUUCUCCUCUCGGGUCAAUGGUUCGCAUUCCUCCUCAACCUCCCUCUUGUCUUGUACAACGUCAACAAGAUACGCAACAAGAACCACAUGUACGAUGCCACAGAGAUAUUUAGAACUCUUAGUGGUCAUAAGAAAGAGAGCUUUAUGAAACUAGGCUUUUACCUUCUUUCAUUCUUCUACUAUCUUUACCGGAUGAUCGUUGCGCUUAUCUCUGAGAGUGAAUAAUUGCGGGUGGUAGCUUGAUGACGAAUACCUUUCCGGACGGUCGGGUAAAUCCCGUACACGUAACGUACAAGGCGGUCACUGUUGUUUGGUUGGCUAUCACGAUCUAUUUUCUUCUUAUUAUGUCCAGUUCACGCUAUCUCAUGCUCUUGCCAAGCACAACAUACUUGGCCGUGCUUUGACUCUUGACCUCGUCGCGUGAAAUAUUGAUUGAGAUGAGAUGAGAUGAGAUGUGUAAUCAGCACAAGGGAAAAUACAUAUGCUAAGAUAAUUCGCAACCUAAGAUGAAGCUAAUGCAUGUCAAGUUGGG